AUGUCAAGGGAAGCAAAGGCAAUUCGAAGACAGGGUCUUACGCAGGACGAAAAGAAGGCAUUUCGCGAUUAUUAUUUUAGCCUUACAGAGAAGCCGACGCAAAAAGAUCUUAUCGACUGGUUUCAAGAACAUUUUGGUCGAACACUUGCUCAGUCAACAGUGUCAACAAUUUUAUCUUCUAAACAUGCAUAUUUAGACAGUCAAGAUUUUAUUCGAGGAGACCUGAAGCGGAAUCGUACACCAAAAUAUCCGGCGUUGGAGUCAGCGUUGUUCGAAUGGCAACAACAAGAGGAAAAGCGAUCUGGCACCGUUAGUUGCGACCAGUUACGGUUGGCCGCUUUGGAUAUUUGGAAAACUAUUCCAGAGUAUCAAAAUAUCCCAACUCCGUCUUUCAGUAAUGGCUGGCUAGAGAAGUUUAAGAGGAGACACCCAUUGUCAGAGUUUUAUAAGGAACCUGAUCCAUUAAUGGCCGACGUAAUCAACACCAGCAAAAUUCCCAUUCAAGAAGUUACCAAGCAUUAUACUCCGAGUGAUAUUUUUGUAAUGGACGAGGGCAGUCUCUUUUGGAAGCUCACUCCUCAAAAGUCUAUUUCUAUCGAAAACGUCCUAGGCAUCCAGCGUUACCGAGCUAGAUUCACAAUAACUUUAUGUUGCAAUGCCGAUGCUUCAGAACGUUUACCGCUUUGGGUUGUUGGCUAUUCGAAACGUCCAAAAGCCUUUCGAUUGACAAACGUUUAUCCAGAGGCUAUGAACGUGCAAUGGCGGUCCAAUGGUACUGCAUGGGUUACUAAUUCUCUUAUGGAGGAAUGGCUACGCUGGUUUGAUGAAAAAAUGAAAGGUCGUAAGGUCUUACUUUUGCUUGACAACCUUUCCCCUCAUGAAUGCGCUUUAGAAGCUAUCAGAAAUGCCAACAAUAGCUUAAAGCAUGUAAAAGUUGCAUUUCUAUCAUCAGAAUCUAGAAAUAUUACGCAUCCAUUUGAUUGUGGUAUAAUGGAGACCUUUAAAACACACUAUCGGCUGCGAUGGGCAAGAUACAUGUACACUGAAAUGCAAGCCAAAAAAGACCCUCUUAAAACUGUUACUGUUUAUAAAGCUCUUCAGUGGAUUAUAGAAUCUUGGCACGUCGAUAUUUCAAACGAAGAUAUUAUCACCUGUUUCCAGCGUUCAGGCAUUUUUGUAACUAACGGAAAACCAAAACGAGUUAUUCCUUACAGUCUAAUUGCUGAAAUUGAAAAUAUUUUACCGAGAAUUUGCCCUCCACCAAUGUGCUCAAUCGAGGAAUAUUUAAUGCCGGCUGAGGAAGAGGUCGUCGACAGUAAAGAGGAUGUUGUCAACCAGGUAGCCUCGCAAUUUUUACCGGAGAGAGACCAAGAAACAGACGAAGAGGAUGAAAGAGGUGUUUAUGUGCCUCCAAGUGAGGCUUUGUCUGCUUUGAAUACCUUUUUACAAUAUUAUUAUCAACAGCCAAUUGAGGAUGGAAAUGUCAUUCCUACACUCCUUCGUUUUAGAAGACAAUUGCGAGGUUUAGCUAAUCAUAUCCAAACCUCUUAG